AUGACGUCCACGAAGUUGGCGGCGUUGCUGUCGUGCCUCCUGGUGACCUCAACCUGCACAGCGAGCAACAAAACUAAGUCAAGCGCCGAGGGCAGAGAUUUGAAGGACGAGGUGGCGCCACGUAUGAUGGUGGAUCUGACGCACGAGGCGGCCGAGUUCGUGCCGCAGGCCGACGUGCUGCCACUGCAGGGCGCCAUCUUGCUCCACGAUGCCGCACGAGUCUACGGACACUCGGGCGCCUUCUUCGGGCCGCACACGCACGCUCACGCACACGGGCUGUUGGCGAGUGCUCUGGUGCUGCCCGGUGCGACGCCGAUCUCUUACGGCUCCGGGAUGCCGCUGAUAAUGGGCGGCAUCAGGACGCGUCCCGGAGGCAGCCACAAAGUGCACGCUGGUGUCACCGAGCAGGGCGAAUCGGAGAACCUGCUCGUCAAGCUCACCAUGUCAUCGGCACUGCGGGAUAACCUUGUCACCGUAUUCGGCUACCUGCUCUACCAGACGCGCUGGCCCAAGCAGCGAGACCACUACACAUCCUUCCUCCUGGUCUUCCAGGCUGUUCGUCUUCGACACAUUUCGACCUUGGAUCUGCUGCCAGUGCUGAAGAAGGCGUCAGCAGAACGCCCGUCUUCACAGAUGCUGCUGAUACUGCGUCACAUGCGGAAGUCGUCUCCGCGCUAUCUGACCGGCGCCGUCGACGAAGUGAUCGCCUCCGUGUCUGCUAGCAAGGACGUCAUCGACGAUAUCAUCCAACCGCGUGGCGGACCGCUGGUGGUAGACUUCCUUGCCGGCAUUGAGAGCAAGUACCUCGCAGCCGGAGAAAGGCCCAUCUCGUUUGGCAAGACACGCAUCGACUCGUCCGUCGUGUCGCUGAUGGGCUCCACGUUUGGUCAGAUCUAUUCUGCCCUGGCUGACGGCACUUUACCUUUGACGCAGCCGCUGUUCGCUGCGCUCCUUCUGCACCUCCCACGCGAUUUUCUGAAUCCACAAGCAGACGAGUUCAUGCGCAUGCUUGUCGACCUAUUGCGACUCGAGACAUUAGAGAACUGGUCCAAUGUUAUAGGCAAAAUUCGCCAGAAAGACAAACAGAAACCGUUCGUACUCGCUCGUUUUGUUCUCAAAACGAUUGCGAAAGACUCGAAAACGAGCGAAAGGGUCAGAGAGGCAACUCUAGUCGUUUUGCAUCAUGUGAAGGAACCAGAAAUUACUUUCUCACUUCCUCACUACAGUGUUCUCUCUCCCAUUGUAAGUAAGCCUAACAUCGACUUGGUGAGCCUGCUGCAAACAAUCACUUAUCCUGAAUACCCGGAGGACGUCGUCGAUGUGAAGAAUCGCAUUGUCUACUACGUGCAACACGGCUACCUAAACCUAGACCUGAUUACGAAGGGCUUUAUGAGAUACGACCACGUAAGACCUCUGGACUUGAUCAUUGCUUUACUUACCCGAAUAACUACCAACAUGCCUAAACUUCCUGCAGAGAUAAUUAAAUCUGUGGAGUCACUUACGGUACAUUUAAAGUUCAAGGAACUGGGCUGUAGUAUGGCGUCACAUCUUCCCGAGAACUUUAUUGAUUUGCCUUCUUUAACUCAUUCGUUUCUGAGCCCAUCGUUGCCGUUGAUCGUCCAACAAACAGCUGAGAAAGCGCUCAAAGUAAUUUUCCAGGAAUUUCCGGAGGACAUGAAUAAGUUGCUGCCUAGCAUCCCUGUGGAAAUGUGUAUCAGGCCAAGAAUGUGCCUCCAUACCAUCAUGACGAAGGCUAUUGAAUCGAAUGUAUUUAAAACAAAAGUCCUCUUUUCAACAGCAGAUGAAUUCCUUCGAACAAUUGAAAACUUAACAGAUGUCAAAUAUCCUACACCAACUAAGAGUGGUGAAAGCAAUUUUCCUACCAGCCCUACACCAAGUGCUGCAAGUCCAGUACCUCAAAACUCAAAUCUGGUUACAACUAUUACGAACCUCAACAGUACAAGUACCCCACAGAGAGAGGUUUCUAGGCUUAUAAAAGGAACAUCGUCUAGGGACGGGUCAACAGCAGUGACUGCACCUUCAGCUACAAAAAGUUUUCCCCCGAGCUCGAUACCGCAUCCAGCAGUUGUUACAGGAUCAGCUAUUACGAAGCCAUCAAACAACGGAAGUGAUAAUGCAAAGUCAUAUACUCCACCUGUUUCACCAAUAACUACACCAUCGCCUAGUAGCUUGUUACUACCACCUGUUUCAGAAACAGAAUUACCAAAAAUUGAAAAGGGUCCUCAUGGAAAACCUGUUUUUCCAAAAGGAACAAACGGGAAGCCUACAUUUCACACAUCCCCACAGGGACGACCAGUACUCAUUACAGGCUCAGAUGGUAAACCUAUCUUUCCAACUGGGCCUGACGGGAAUCCUAUUCAUCCCGCUGCACCUAAUGGCCAACCUUUAUUUGUCAAAGGCUUGGAUGGGAAGACUGUUAUUCCUUUUACAUCUGACGGGAAACCAAUAUAUCCUGAAACACCAGAGGGAAAGCCAAUUGUGCCGACUGCAGCUGAUGGUAAUCCUGUAUUUCCUACUAACUCGAACGGAGCGCCAAUACUCCCUGUCCGCCAUGACGGUAAGCCCAUUUUUCCUGUAGACGCUGAUGGUAUGCCCAUUGCCCCUAAAGGAUCUGAUGGUCGACCCGUUUUCACUGUGGGGCUAGAUGGUAGAUUAAUAUUUCCAACUGGACAAGACAAACUGCCAAAAAUACCUUUGGGGAUAGACGGAAAUCCAAUAUUUGUCCUUGGCCCUCAACCUCUGCUUGCAGUAGUGCUGAGUCCAGAUGGAAAACCUUACUCUACUGGCAUACCAGGAACGAUCUACAAUGGUAUGUCAUAUAUACACCACAAUGAUAUAAUUAAAGGAAAUACAACAGUGAAGGUGAUGGGGGAAGUUGCACCUACUGCCCUUCCAAAGCCAGGUUCAUCUAAGAAAAUUCCUGAACCGAAGACCGCUCCAACACUGGAAAACGUUUUGACCGAUGCUGAUAUCCAAAAAGCAAUCUCCCAGAUUCCGAAAGACGUACCGUUACCCUCGCCUAGCCCGGUUGACGAACAAUUGCCCAUAUUACCUGGUAACAGUCUUGACUACCUGUUACCACCUACUCUUCCUGGAAGCCCAGAAGAUCUCCGUUUGCGCCCUUUGAGAAUUCUGCUAUCGAUGCCAAAACUUACUGCUCAUCUUAUUACAGCAAUCAAUAUUGGGGCUUUCAAAACUAGAGGAGAUCUGCUACGAGCAGUUCUCAUGUAUCUCGUCAAGAUGGAAGAAGUGAAGAGAAUACAGCUGCUUUUAGAAGACCUACAGUUCUACUUGAAGCGCCUACAGGGCGAAGAUGGCCAAGCACCUAAGCUGCUGGUGAACUGGGAAGGACUCAUAAGUGCGUUACCUAUUCCUUCAUCCAGUGAAGAAGCGAAACACUUCCAAAUUAUUAAGGCCUUCCUCGAACCGAUGCUGUCCCACAAACUGGGAUCCGGAUUCGACCCAAUGAAGUAUAAACUGAAGGGUACGCUACUGAAACAACUUUUCGAAUUCAGUUUAUCCCAGAAGUUUGUUUCACAGACUCCCGGAUUGCGUGAAGCAAUAGAGUUCUACAUCAGCAGGAUUAUGAUGCACGGCUAUGGGGCACAACCAGUAGAGUACAUUAUCCUCAAGCAGACAUUAGUGUCGAAGACGGUGAACCUGAACUCCCUAUUCAAAGCCUUGGACACUAGUAAGUUCGAUUCCCGAGGAAAAAAGGCGUAUAAGAAUAUGUUCAAGUUCUUCACUACAGAGUUUGACGUCAAGAAGCACUUCACGGGAUUCGAUUUCACUCGGUACAACAAAAAAGGGCUCUGGCUGAAGAAGUUCCUCGAAUUCUUGUCACGCAGCGUAAUGAUUCCUGCAGAGCGUCGAACCGACUUUAAAUACCUGAUCUCAUACGUAAUCAUGGAUGGCGAGGGUGACAAGUCUGUAGAGUACGUCGAAUAACAUCCACAUUGGGAAAUCUGGCGGGAAUGCUCGUCCGAACAGCAGUUUCCUCUAUCGUCACAAAGCAGUCUCAGACUUAAAAGCGAUAUUUCUUGGAAUUUAUUUUUGUGUAAAACGUCAGAGACAGAUGUAGUAAGGAGCGAAAAUUGUAUUACUUGUUGAUAGUGUAAAUAAAAGAUAUUCUUUUAAAUUUUUCUGUGAUAAUAAUUUAGUAAACAGCGACAGUUACCACUUUACGUUGUAGCUAUAUCGACGCAAAUUUGGU